AUGCAAAAUCCAAAGAAGCCUCAUCUGGAAGCAGUUCGACGAAUACUGAGAUAUGUGAAGAGUACAAUUGACUAUGGUCUUUUGUACAAGAAAGGUGAAGACUGCAAGUUAGUUGGUUACUGCGAUGCUGACUAUGCAGGAGAUCAUGACACUAGGAGAUCAACAACUGGGUAUGUGGUAAGCUUGGUUUGGAACAAUUCUUGGUGCAGCAAGAGACAGCCGAUGAUAUCAUUAUCAACUACUGAAGCUGAGUUCGAGCAGCGACAUGGCAGCUCAAGAGAGUACAUGGUUGAUAUAGUAAUGAAUAAUCUACAUCAACAAGUAGAUUAUGUAGUUCCGUAUACUGGACAAUCAGUCAAUUUUUGGCAGAGAAUCCAGUCUUUCAUGCAGAACUAA